AGUGAACCUGGAUGCCUUCUUAACAGGCCCACCCAGAAUGGCAUGGUGAAGUCUAAUAGUGGUGGGAAAAUGGCAGAGAGUAUCCUUCAUGCUUGGCACGCGGUUCUGAAACGACGACGGGAGACGGAUUGAGGGGCGAGCAGGCGGGGUUCUGAGUUGGCAGUGAUGUGGAGGAUAGAAUGGGAGUCGAGCCAAAGCCGCAGAGAGGGAAGGCUGAGGAAGGCUGGAAUGAGCGGAGUCAUCGCGCUUCUGUAACUCGACGCCGAACCGUGAUGGCCCACAGCAGCUGGGCAGCUACCAUAUCUGUCUGUAGCUCAGGAUAGAGAUUCCCCGGUGAGGUGGUCUCUCUUCGCGAUGCGAAGAUGGCUAGCCUGGUCCCUCCCACAGGCAACGAAGCGUUCCGGCGCUUCACCCCAGAGUCACUGGCGGAGAUCGAGAGGCUCAUCAAGGAGAGGAAAAGCGGAAAGCACGUAGAGGGAGCGGAGCCAGAGCCAGAGGCACCUAGCAGUGACCUGGAGGCAGGGAAGAAUCUGCCUAUGAUCUAUGGAGACCCACCAGAUGACCUGCUCAACACACCCCUAGAGGACAUAGACCCCUUCUACAAAGCACAGAAAACGUUUAUUGUAAUUAGCAAAGGAAACACAAUCUACAGGUUCAACGCAGAACCAGCCUGCUACAUUCUCAGCCCAUUUAACCCCGUCAGAAGAGGAGCCAUUAAAAUUCUCAUACAUUCGUUAUUUAGCAUGUUUAUCAUGAUUACCAUUCUCUCCAACUGUGUAUUCAUGACCAUGAGUAACCCUCCUAGCUGGAGUAAAACUGUGGAAUAUGUUUUUACCGGUAUAUAUACCUUCGAAGCGACAGUCAAAGUGAUAUCGAGAGGUUUCUGUAUUAGAAGUUUUACAUUCCUUCGUGAUCCAUGGAAUUGGCUGGAUUUCAUGGUGAUCAGCAUGGCGUACAUCACAGAGUUUGUUGAUCUUGGCAAUGUGUCAGCACUUAGGACCUUCCGUGUACUCAGAGCUCUCAAAACAAUCACUGUUAUUCCUGGUCUGAAGACUAUUGUUGGAGCUCUGAUCCAGUCGGUUAAGAAGAUGGUGGAUGUGAUGAUUCUGACCGUCUUUGCCCUUGCCGUAUUCGCCCUCAUUGGCCUGCAGCUGUUCAUGGGGAACCUGCGCCAUAAGUGCAUACGGUGGCCCAUCUCCAACAGCACGGUGGACUCCACCCUUGCCUACAACACGACUUUUGUCAACAGCACUUUUGACUUCAAAGAAUACGUCGAAAAUGAAGAAAACCAGUACUUUCUUGAUGGCAGCCUGGAUGCCUUACUAUGCGGCAACAGUUCUGAUGCUGGAAAGUGCCCAGAAGGUUACACAUGUAUGAAAGCUGGGAGGAACCCAAACUACGGCUACACCAGCUACGACUCCUUCGGCUGGGCCUUUCUUGCCCUCUUUAGGCUCAUGACUCAGGACUACUGGGAGAACCUCUUUCAGCUGACUCUGCGUGCUGCUGGGAAGACCUACAUGAUCUUCUUUGUGGUGGUCAUAUUCCUGGGAUCCUUCUAUCUCAUCAACCUGAUCCUGGCUGUAGUUGCCAUGGCAUAUGAUGAACAGAACGAGGCCACACUGGCUGAGGCCCGGGAGAAAGAGGAAGAGUUUCAGAGACUGAUGGAGCAACUCAGGAACCAAGAGCAACAGUUGCAAGCUGGUAGUAAGGCAUCUUUGGCCAGUCAGACAACUCAAAGCCAGGGGUCAGAAAUGGCUGACGAUGGGGACGAUGUCAUAAAGGACUGUAAUGGCAGGGUCAUCCCACGUCUGAUCGUCAGAGCUCCUUCUAUGAAAGCGCCAGCACCAGAAGAGGAAAUGAUGGACGAUAAGUCCAUGUCUUCGAAACAUAGCAUGAUGUACCUGGAGCAGCCCGGACUGUCCAAAAAAGCAGCCAGCCAGCUCAGUGUGCUGACCACAGCUAUGGAAGAGCUGGAGGAGGCCCAGAGGCCUUGUCCUCCAGGCUGGUAUAAGUUUGCUGAUAUCUUCUUGAAGUGGGACUGUUGUGCACCCUGGAUGUUCUUCAAGAAAUGGGUUCAUUUUGUGGUAAUGGAUCCUUUCGUGGACCUGGGCAUCACCAUUUGCAUUGUGCUGAAUACGCUAUUCAUGGCUAUGGAACACUACCCCAUGAGUCAUGACUUUGAGCAUGUGCUCACUGUCGGGAACUUGGUGUUCACUGGCAUCUUCACAGCUGAAAUGGUGUUUAAGCUCAUUGCCUUGGACCCAUACUACUACUUCCAAGUGGGCUGGAACAUCUUCGACAGCAUCAUCGUCACUCUCAGUCUAGUGGAGUUGGGGCUGGCUAAUGUGCAGGGUCUGUCUGUCCUCAGGUCCUUCCGUUUGCUGCGUGUCUUCAAGCUGGCCAAAUCCUGGCCCACACUCAACAUGCUGAUCAAGAUCAUCGGCAACUCAGUCGGAGCUCUUGGGAACCUGACCCUGGUGCUGGCGAUCAUCGUCUUCAUCUUUGCCGUGGUGGGCAUGCAGCUGUUCGGCAAGAGCUACAAGGACUGUGUGUGUAAGAUCGCACAGGACUGUGAGCUGCCCCGCUGGCACAUGAACGACUUCUUUCACUCCUUCCUCAUCGUCUUCCGCAUCCUGUGUGGAGAGUGGAUCGAGACCAUGUGGGACUGCAUGGAGGUGGCCGGUGCGGGGAUGUGCCUGGUGGUCUUUCUGAUGGUCAUGGUCAUAGGAAACCUGGUGGUGCUGAACCUGUUCCUUGCUUUGCUGCUCAGCUCGUUCAGUGGGGACAAUCUCGCAGCAGGUGACGACGACGGUGAGAUGAACAAUCUUCAGAUCGCCAUCGGCCGCAUCACUAGGGGCAUAGACUGGGUCAAGGCCUUCGUUCUUGGCCUUGUCCACCGAAUCCUGGGCAGAAAACCUGCUGACGAUGACGGGGGAGGAGGACAAGGAGGUGAUGGGGACAAAAAGGAUGCUCUUGCCUUAAACCACCUUGAUGGAGGGAAGAUGGCAGACGGUUUGACCAACUGUCUGGAGUCUCCAACGCUGAACGUGCCCAUUGCCAAGGGGGAGUCUGAUGUUGAAGAUGAUGAAGAGUCAGAGGAUUCGUCAGAUGAGGGGAACAAGAGUGAAAAGAAGGUGUUCAGCUAUACUGGUUCUCUCUGUUUCCUUUGCUUUGCAAUACCUUUGCAGCAUUGUAUUAGUGUCUCACACGGUCUCUCUCUCUUGUUGGGUCAGGGUGUUCUCAAUGAUGAAGACUCUUCAGUGUGCAGCACAGUGGACUACAGGCCUCCAGAGCCCCCACCUGAGGAAGAAGAGGAAGAGGAGCCAGAGCCUGAUGAUCCAGAGGCCUGUUUUACUGAAAACUGCAUAAGGCGAUGUCCAUGUCUAAAUGUGGACAUCACGCAGGGAAGAGGAAAGAGUUGGUGGAAUCUGCGCAGAGCCUGCUACACCAUUGUGGAGCACGACUACUUUGAGACCUUCAUCAUCUUCAUGAUUCUCCUCAGCAGUGGAGCACUGGCCUUUGAGGACAUUUAUAUUGAGCGCCGAAGGGUGAUCAAGAUCAUCUUGGAGUAUGCCGACAAAGUCUUCACAUAUGUUUUCAUAGUAGAGAUGUUGCUGAAGUGGGUUGCAUAUGGCUUUAAGACUUACUUCACCAAUGCCUGGUGUUGGCUGGACUUUCUUAUUGUUGAUGUUUCACUCAUCAGUUUAACAGCCAAUCUGUUGGGCUAUUCUGAGCUGGGACCAAUCAAAUCACUCAGAACUCUCAGGGCUCUUCGACCUCUACGUGCCCUGUCCAGAUUUGAGGGAAUGAGGGUGGUAGUGAACGCGUUGGUGGGUGCCAUUCCUUCCAUCAUGAACGUGCUGCUUGUGUGUCUAAUCUUCUGGCUCAUCUUCAGCAUCAUGGGGGUCAAUCUGUUUGCUGGAAAGUUCUACCGCUGCAUUAACACCACCACAAAUGAGCUUUUCCCCAUCGAGGAAGUGAACAACAAGAGCGACUGCAUGGAAUUAAUGUACACUAAUGAGGUGCGCUGGGUCAAUGUCAAGGUCAACUACGACAAUGUGGGACUGGGCUACCUCUCCCUGCUGCAAGUAGCUACAUUCAAAGGCUGGAUGGACAUCAUGUAUGCUGCAGUGGAUUCCAGAGAGGUAGAGGAGCAGCCAUCAUAUGAGAUUAACCUCUACAUGUACCUGUACUUUGUCAUCUUCAUCAUAUUUGGCUCCUUCUUCACUCUCAACCUCUUCAUUGGUGUCAUCAUUGACAACUUCAAUCAGCAAAAACAAAAGUUUGGAGGAGAAGAUCUCUUCAUGACAGAGGAACAGAAAAAGUAUUACAAUGCCAUGAAGAAGCUGGGUUCCAAGAAGCCCGUCAAACCCAUACCGCGCCCUUCUAAUAUGAUCCAGGGCAUGGUGUUUGAUCUCAUCACCCAACAGUUCUUUGAUAUCUUCAUUAUGAUACUCAUUUGCCUCAACAUGGUGACCAUGAUGGUGGAGACAGAUGACCAGAGUAAAGAGAAAGAGGAUGUCCUUUACCAGAUCAAUCUAAUUUUCAUUGUUGUAUUCACUGGGGAGUGUGUGCUCAAGAUGUUUGCGCUCAGACAAUACUUCUUCACUGUCGGAUGGAAUGUCUUUGAUUUCAUUGUUGUCAUCCUUUCUAUAGCUGGUCUCAUGCUGUCGGACAUAAUCGAGAAGUACUUUGUGUCCCCCACUCUGUUCCGUGUCAUCCGCUUGGCUAGGAUCGGUCGUGUGCUCCGUCUCAUCAGAGGGGCGAAAGGCAUUAGGACGCUUUUAUUUGCCCUGAUGAUGUCACUUCCCGCCCUUUUCAAUAUCGGCCUACUCCUUUUCCUGAUCAUGUUCAUCUUCUCCAUUUUUGGAAUGUCUAAUUUUGCCUAUGUGAAAAAGGAAGCUGGCAUUGAUGACAAUUUUAACUUUGAGACCUUUGGAAAUAGCAUCAUCUGCCUGUUUGAGAUCACUACUUCAGCUGGUUGGGACGGGCUUCUGCUCCCCAUGCUCAACAGCGGUCCUCCUGACUGUGACCCCAACGUCGAAAACCCUGGAUCAGAUGUGAGGGGAAACUGUGGGAAUCCAGGCAUGGGUAUCAUGUUCUUCUGCAGUUACAUCAUCAUGUCCUUCUUAGUGGUGGUGAACAUGUACAUUGCCAUCAUCCUGGAGAACUUCAACGUGGCCCAAGAGGAGAGUAGCGACCCGCUGUGUGAGGAAGACUUUGAGAUGUUUGACGAGACUUGGGAAAAGUUUGAUGUCGAAGGCACGCAAUUUCUGGACUACGACCGCGUGUUCGACUUUGUCGAUGCGCUGCAGGAACCUUUGCGUAUUCCCAAACCCAACAAACUCAGACUGGUCAACAUGGAUCUGCCUGUUGUAACGGGAAACAAAAUCCACUGCCUGGACAUUCUGCUGGCGGUCACUCAACAGGUCCUGGGUGACACCACUGAGAUGGCAGCCAUGAGGGUGAGCAUCGAGGCCAAGUUCAAGAUGAACAACCCCAGUCCCGCCUCCUUUGAGCCCAUCACCACCACUUUGAAGAGGAAGGAGGAAGAGCGGGCAGCCACAGUGAUACAGAGAUCGUACCGCAAACAUCUUCUCAAACGCUCCAUACGCCAUGCCAGCUUCAUGCGCCGCUCCAGGAGGAAGAAGGUGAGGCGGCAGGAGGACGAGGAACCGCCAGAAACGGAGGGCCUAAUAGCGCGCAAGAUGAACGCCCUUUACGGCAGCAACCCAGAGUUGGCUAUGGUCCUGGAGCUUCAGGCCAGGCCUAUGCGAUCCAACCCCACCUCAUCAGGGCUUGCGGUGCCAGUGAUCUACCGCCGGCCACAAGGCCGAAUGAUGGUGGUCCCGGUAGAGGUCACAAAUGAGGUAGUUCUCCGUUCUGCUCCCACAGCUACACGGGACCUCUCAAGCUCAGAGGUGGCAGCACUGAGGGAAUCAAUAGUAUAGUGGGCAGACACUGCUCAGUUGUCAGUUCCAUUUAAGAGGAAAGUAAAGAAGUGUUCAAAUGGAGCAUCACCUGCACAAACAUAACAACCCUGAUGCUCCAAAAAGCACUGUGUUUGAUGGGAUUGCACAUUACUGUUAAGGAGUUGCUGAGGUUUAAAAACAAUGAAACAGUGUUCUUUGGUGUCUGGGAUUGACGUUUUAUCACUUUUUCAACAUCUGUUUUUGGAGCAGAUUGGUCUUCUCAUUUGUUGCCCUAUUCCUUGCUCAAAACUCAAACUGUUUUCCUUUGGCAGUCUUUGGAUUCACCAGACCAGUGCUUUCCUUUAUCCCUCUGUUAAGAUUCACAGGAUUUUUUGUACGUCUAGGAUCAUCUUCCAAAGACACACUUUUUUCGAUACUAACGAAAGUUUAUCAUUAUUUUUGCCCAAAUUCCCUACCAAAGUUUUCUUCUUCACUUUUAAGCUGCUGUAACUAGUCUCUUCAAUUUGUCUUGAGGCCUCACUUUCCUUUGCACUAUUUAUAAAUCCCCAGUUUGUGGCCUGCCAGUUUACAGCAGGGAGAUGAGUCAAGCAGACACUGAUCAAUUUCACGGGAGGCACGGAGUCACAUUGGGCAGUAUGUGCAACUACGUAAGGCAUACAUAAACAGUACAUUACGCCUACCUAGAGCGUUUAAUAGGAGAGGUAUGGCCUUAUUAGUGCUGUUUUAGUUCACAGUUGGUAGUAGUACUCGUCUUUCAUUGCAUGUAGUCAUACUUUUUAUGUAUGCUUCAUGAAGUUGCACUUCAUGUGCACUGUGACCAAAUUUAUGUCAAAUGUCCAGGUUAUCUAUGUACUUACAGAGGUUUAUAGCAACACAAUAAAUGUAAAUACAUUGCCAAUCAUGCUUGCUAGACUUUUGCCUACAAACUAAAUUUAUAACAAAAUUAAAGCACCCUUAAUGUGAAGUUAUCAUGAAAAAUGUUUCAUCAAGCCUAUUGUUUGCCCAAUAUUAUAUCAGGUAUCUAUCACAUAUAAUAAAUAAAUAAUAAAUAAUCACUGCAAUAAGAUGGGUUAGGGUAAUCUCAGUAUCUUUUUCUUAAACCGCCUCAAAUUAUCUUAUAUUAUUUGUGGACUGAGACUGUGAUGUUAUUUUGCAAUGUUUACAGUUUUCAAAACUGUGUACAGUUUUCAUCUGUAGUGCAUUCUUUAUAUAAAAGUGAUGUUAUAAUAUUCUGUUUAAUUCACUGCCUGCUGCCCACGUUAUAAAUCAUAAAGGAGCAGAUAGCUUGCACGUGAAUUUGAAUGUUGUAGACAUGGCUGAAAGGUUUAACUUAUUGACACUGUCAAAUAGUAUUUUCCGUAAUGCUGUAUUUGAAGGCCGCCUACAUGGGGACUUCAUAACACAUGCAUACAGUUUAAAUAACAUAUAAAGCAACACUUGAAUAUUUAUAAACAGCUUAUGCUGGAGAUCACAAGAUGACAAACAUUUUCAUGAAGUGAAUGAUAAUGCAUUGACCUAAAGGGCCUUAAUUAAAGUGUUAGGAGUGUUAUAAGUGUUAUAACACUGUUAUGAAGGAUCAUUUCCAAAUAAUGGAACUUAUAAGGUAAAGGCCUAGGUAAGAAUGCUGUGUAUCAGUUCUCUGUAUUUCUACUUGAGUUUAAGUACAAAAAUACAGUUAAGGAGACCUUUUCAAAAUAACUAAAAAAAAAAAACUCAAAAUAACUGUAAUAACUCACAGUUUGUUUACUUUUGAUGCUCUAGUACUUUUCAAAGGAAGUCAUUUUCUACUUUUGUACUUUUGGUAGAAAUACAGACAGGAAUCUUUUACUGGAGUAAUAUUGUAUUUUAUAUUUAAGAGUAUUUCUGUUUUUACUCAAGGACACGAUUUUCAUACAUUUGAGGAAAGAUGUAUGAAAAUUAUUACUUCCAUAGACCUGAUAUGUGGUGUUCUGUAAUAUAUCUUUUGUUAAAACUGAAAGUAGUGUUACUGAGGUGAGUCAAAAACAAGGUUUACCUUCACGUUUAGGUCUCAAAUGAUCCCAUAAUCAACAUUAUACUGUUAAAGAUAUGAUGAAAACAGUAAUUAAUUCACUCACACCCUUAGAAGACACCUCCUUCUCCAAGUUCUUCACCGAGUUCUCUUUGAAUUCUCUUUCGAUCAUCCGCUCAGGGAAGGGGUCUGAAGCACACCCACAUUACAAAGUGUUCAUGCACACAUUGUGUGCAGUUACACAUUUCCACCAGAGGGGUCUCCAAAAUCCCUAAAAUAUACAUAGUGCAGCUUUGACUAGCCCUCUGCUUUAUAAGUUCCAUUAAUUGAGAAUGAUUCUUCGUAACAGUGUUAUAAAUGCAACACAUGUCUGUCACUGUAGUUUAAGGCCUCUUUUAUUAAUACGUCAUUUACUUCAUAAAACAUCUUGUAAUAACUGGUAGAAGCUAUUUAUUGAUAUUCUAGUAUUGCUUUGUAUAUCAUAUUCAGUGCUUAUACAUGCAUUAUGAAGUGCCUACGUAGGUGGCCUUUAAAUACAGUGUUACUGCAUUUUCAUAUAUUUUGUUUUAUGUUCCUUUUGUAAUGCAUUGGUUUGAGUUCUUUGAGAUCUUAAGUCUUAACGUAAUGAAACGUCUUACUCCUCUGAAAAUGUGUAAAUUAAUAAAUGAAGCACUUUCGAGAGUUUUCUUUA